CUGGUGAAGUCUACUCUCGAAAUAUAGAGAAGUGGUGGAUAAUUUAAAUCCGUCGUUUCUUCUGGUUUUUCCUCUUCCCCACGUGCGUGUGUAUGUGUGUCUGUUCGAGGCUCGGGGGAGGUAGAGGUUGCGCAUGGGCCGGUGGAACAGACCCAGUGCAGUGGGUGCAUCUUUGCGCUUGACCAGUUGCAUCAUGGAAGCGAGUCGAGGAAGAAACAAUCCUAAAGGAUCCGCUCCGGUGUAACACUUGUCUCGUAUCCGAGGGAAUUCCUGUCGUCAGUGCAACGAGAUAAUUUUGGAGAAUUUUUUUUUUUUUUGAGAAAAGUGAUCGCUCACUGAGACUCAAGCUGAUGGUAUACCAUCGAUCACUUCACAUAUCGAUCGAUCAAUCAAUCAUGCAAGCUUCCGAGAAGCUUGUCCUAGUCUACUUGGCGGUUCUAUCAGCCUGCGCAAUGGCAUCCGACACCCCUCGCCCCCUCCGGGAGAUCCGCGGGCACUCCAAUGACGCCCCAGUGAGACUCUCCACAAUUCUAACUAACGAAGUCACCAACAAGCCCGACCAAAAAACCACUAGGUUAAUGGGUGGUCACAUGAAGAUCACCACAACUCCCUCAUCCCGAGAGGAGGACGAGGCCCAGUGGGACGACGGCCUCACCCUCUCCUCAGCCGGCAACGGAAAGGAGAACAAAAAGCCCCACGAUGACGACGACGAGAAGAAGACACUCGCCCAACAAGUGAAGGAAGGUAAAUACGGAUUAAUUCAGGACGAGAUCUACCCGAGCAAGUCAAAGCGUCCAGGAAUCCUCAGCUACCUGUCCAACCCAGAAGUCCCGAAGGACACGGCGAAGAACCUCGGAGGUCUCGAUGAGGAUGAAAUUUGGCUGGCCGAGAAUCACGUUCUAGUCCUCCGAGGUGGGAACUUUCCGGAGCAUGAGAAAGAGCAGCCGUCGGGCGAUUUACGCGGCUGGUCACCGAUCGACGACUUCCAGGCGCCCAAGAGGCAGGUCAAGAUUCCGGCAUCGCCGGAAGUUCCACCGCCAUUCCCGGUUCAAUUGAAUGAAGGAGGUCCAGUGACUGUCCUAGGCUCCAACGACACCGACAAGCCCCAAUGGUUCGACGGACUCAUCCCAGCAAACGAGACGCUGUUCUAUUCCGAUCGAAAUGCCACAACCAAGGAGAAUCCCCAGAACGACAGAAAGACAAAAUCAGGCCUCUCACUGGGGGGAAUAGUCGGCCCCUUUUUCCCCUCGUUACCCCCAGGCGCCGUCUUCCUCCCUCCCCCGGGUAACCAGUCAGACUACGACGAGGACGAUCAAUCAAUUUACUACCCACCCCCCUACAGCUUCAAAUACAAUCAAGACAACUCAACUGCUGUUCCCCCAGGCCCCCUAGUCCCCGGCAUAAUCCUUCCCCCGCCGCCAGACUUCUUCUCCCAACUGGAAGAAAAGAAAACGACGAAAUCCCACAUCACAAAGUACCCAAAACGCCCGAGUACAACGGCAAAGCCAGCGACGCAUUUCCACCGGAAAUCAAAUCCGAAGCCUCAUAAGUUCACAUCAAGUUCAAGCCCAUCAUCAACUAAAGAGCCAAGACCAUUUACGAUGAAACCUCUUAACAAAUUCAAGCUGAAAAAUAUCACGAGUUCCUCAACGGAAACCACAAACACACCAAAACAGGUUCUGCCAUUUGUAGAGGUGACAGCAUCAGUUCCUAACAAAGUAAGCCCACUAGAGAUCUCGGAAAUAACCACGGUGAGACCGAUUGUGACGAAUCAGGUUAUCGAGACGAGUACAGAAGACCAGAAUGAGAGGCCCCGUUGGACUGGUUCUGGCCUCAAAUCACCGCCAAUAGUUGCCUACUACGCUUCAUCCCCAUCACCGAUUGAGGAGUCCAUUGAGAUUGCAGCGAAGACAACGAAACCACGAAAGAUUCUGCCGUCAGUUCCAAGUUCAGCGUCUUAUUACUUCUACGAGGAAGCUAGUGACGAUGUGUCUGGUACCACCCCAACACCGGUUUACUUCCAGGAGACGACUCCCGCAAGCAUCGAAGACUAUCCGAGUCCUGAAGCCCGGACGAAGAAACCUUACUACCACGUGGACGUCACCAACUCCCAACGGACACCCCAGCAAUACGACGUGGAAGUGGAAGUAAUCGAACAAGUGGUGAAGACAUCAUCCCCCAGGUACCAAUACACGGAUCCAGCCCCAUCCACCCUCCCAGUCUCCCCAAGGUCCCAAUCCCAGCGGAUGCUGUCAGACUCCCCAAUCUUCUACAAAAACGUCACAGAGCGUCCCAAAUUGAAUCUCCACUCAUUCUUCAUAACCCCACCUCCAAAGAGAUACAAUCAGCCUCAACAACAGAAACCAAAACCAGUUUAUCAGUACAGUUUUGAGGCCGCAGAUUACGCCCAGCGGGGUAGACAGAAGGAGCUGUACAAACCCCUCCAGGAAGUACAACCAGGAAAACAAGUCACGUUUAACGAGUGGCAGGAGGAGAUACAGGACGUGGAUCCCCAGUAUAACGAUUAUAACACCGAGGUUGUUCCCGAGCAGAGAUUACAACCAGAACGGAGUCAUUACAGAACGAGAACCCCGAGUUAUCCCACAACAACGAUUAGAUCAAAUGUCGUUGAUACGACGCCAAAUCCACAGCACGCUUAUUACACUAAGCAGGAGGAGAGGCUGUUGGACGACGUUACCAGGGAGUAUUUCACUAAUUUCGGGAGGAAGAUCAACAGAGAUAGAUUAAAGUCAACGACACCAAUUUACGGUAAGAGCAGUGUCACGGAGAGGCCGAAUUACUCGACUGUCAAUUCGUUCUCUACGAAUUCGUUUGAUGAAAGACAGAAGACUUACAGUAAGCCUAGGGUUGAGGUGCAUUAUGGUGACCAAACACACAGGCCAUUCUCUUUGGAGGGGGACACGAGGGUCAAUUACCAGGAGCCCCUGCCCCCCAUGAAUCCUGACGCCGAGUUUUUGCCCGGAUAUGGCCCCAAAAAGGGCAACGAUAGGGAACAGGUGAUCGAGAGGUUCAAGCCUGCGGAACCCAUCAGGCCGUACAUCCCGGUGGAUGAGUUCAGCGAAGAAAUUCGGGAGCCUGCUGGACCCACUGUUAAUUAUCGGUACACUAGCCCAACCAUCAAUCCUGACGCCGAGUUUUCAUCUGAAUAUAGCCCCAAAGAGGACAACGAGUGGGAACAGGUGAUCGAGAGGUUCAAGGUCUCGAAACCCAUCCGGCAAUACAUCCCCGUGGAUGAGUACAGCGAACAAAUUCGAGAGCCUGCUGGACCCACUCGCUUCGUUCCUUUGGACGAGAAGAGGGAGGGACAGAGAGAGUUUCCAGCCAGACCAGUAUCACUCAGUGGUGACAUUGCUGUUAAUUAUCGAGAUCCUAGGCCACCCAUCAAUCCCAACGCCGAGUUCAUUGAUCCGGUGAACAAUGAACAGCCGAGCCAGGGUAAACCGAGCUCUUAUUUUUCGUAUAGAUUACCUGGUGAUGGCGGUCAUUUUUACUUUCUGACGCCGCACGCUAUUUCACAGAGACAGGGGGGCAAUUCAUUUGCUUCCGCGAGGCAGAGACGAGGGCCUAGAAAUGUUUGAGAAUUGUAGGUUUUGGUUUCUUAUGAAAAUUUUGAGAAAAUCAGUCAGUUGAGGAGUGGAGAAACGAGAUGAGUCAACUUCAAGUCCAGUUGUUGGUAAAAAAUAGAUUAUUCAUUUUGGGUUUUGAAAUUUUUUAAGAGUUAUCUUGUUUCAUCAUUUUUCCACUGAUUUUUGAAAGAAAAAAAAUUCUCUAGGUGUUUUUUAACUGUCAAGGUAAGAGCUAAACUCGACUGACAGGGAAGACAUGCCAUACUAUGGUUUUUUCAACGAAUUUCAUAUUAAUCUGUGUCAUACGCGACUGCUGUAUCAGCAAAUUGCUCUGGAUUAUGUUUCGUCACUUUAUUUGUAUUUAUUCAUGUAAAUAUGACCUAAUUUAAUUAUCAAUUACCGAUUGAUUAAUUACUAGUGAAUAAAGGAAACAUUUUGUGUUGAAGUAUACCCAUUGUCUCCUGUGUGUUUGUAUCGUCUGUGAUUAAUGAUUUUUUAUUAGAUUUUACGUUUAUUAUACGAGGCACACAUGUGACGCAACUGUAGGGGUGAAACUAUUUAUAUCCCACUAUGGUGUUAUUUCAUAAUUAAUUGAAUCUGUCCUGUUUUUUGCUUCCGAAUGGAAAUGAAUGUAAUCGAUGGAUUUUGUGAUUCUCUAAUUUUACCUGGACACGACUUAGAAUGUCAUGAAAUGUCGAGAUAUGAUGUUUUUAGAAAAUCCCUGUAUGUACGUCCGUCUGUGCGCGCAAAAUUGUAGGAUUUUUUCGUAUAAAUAAAUCUUCAAAAAAAAAGGAUUAAAAAUCUUAAAUUGUGGCCUAUAAUUGACAUUGUCAAAUAUCUCAAAGACUUUUCAUCCGAUUUCAAUUUUUCGUUUUAAAAAAUAUUCGUCUCGAUGUCUGUCAUCUAGUUAUUUUUAAAAUAUACACCCGUCCAUUCAAAGUUUACGAAAUGUUGCCGUUUUCCAUUUUUUUUUUAAUUUGAGAGGCUCGAACUCCUGCUUGUUUUCUCUGCGUUAUUGAGUAUAAGUAGAGUUAAGUCGAUGUAAGACUCAAUGUCCUGAAUGAAUAAACACAUAUUUACUCGGAAAUAAA